AUGGAUCUCAGAGAAAACGCAGAGUCCUAUUUCGACAGCAGCGACGACUUCCUGAACCGGGUGCACCAGAUCCAGUUUGGGGACGCAGCAAAAAGCGACCACGAGACGGAGCACGAGACGAAGGAUUCCGUCCUCGUCGUGGUGGGCGGGACGAAGACCGCAGCCAAGACGAAGGACGAGUCACAGGACGAUCAGCAUCCCAUCCGCAACCGCCAUCCAGAUGUUCUACACCAACCAGAGGCCGCUUCGCAGAAUACGUCAAAUACGUCAAGCGGAGCCGCCGCGACACGCACAAAACUCAUCAAGGCCGCUUCGGCCGCUUCGGCCGCUUCGGCCGCUUCACGGAAUACGUCAAGCAGCACCAGAGCCGCCGCCACACGCACAAAAAUCAUGCAGGAGCCGACCUUCACCUGCCAGAGCUCUGUGCAGCUCACGAACGUGACUGCUUCGCAGAACAAAGGGUUGGCCAUCGAUGACACCACCUUCUCACAAUGCCCCUCUCUUGGAUUGACGAAGUGGCCCAACACAGACGAGCGCCUCCCUUCCGUACGCCUUUUCAAAGCAUGGGAUUCGAGAUGGGAUAGCAACUACGAUCGCAAGGCGAUUUGGAGGGACCUCCGCGAGUAUGUCUGGGCGAACAGCAUCAAAGUGCUGUUCGGCACGCAGAUCUCCUGCAACGAGACCGCCGAUGAUGCAGACUGGGCCUACGCGAAGGAGCUCAUGGAGUACAUCGGAUGGUACUACACCAUGGGAUUGGCGAUCGGCAAUGAGGUUGAGCUCAUCCAUUUGCAUCCAGAUGAACCGAAGGAAUGCAAGCUGCGCCUCUUCCAGCAGAAGUACUUCCAAAGGAAAGUGGACGCCCGUGCCAAGGACAUGGAUAAGAUGGAGGGCUUCUCUUCGGUGCCCUUGACCACCGUCAUGGGCGGCUACAUCUUGUCGCAGAAGCCCUUCGUCAACACACCCGAGGCCGGCGUUGUCGACUUCUUCCGCUACGUCAAUGGUAAGUACGGCCGACGCUGGGUUUACACCUGGAAUGUCUACCCCUACUUCGAGCCCAAUGUCCACAUCAACCCCUACGACCCCGUGGCCGCCAGUCUGAAUUCGAGCUUCGCAAGGAUUGGCUGUUAUUCCCUGUCACCCCUUACAAAAGGCUUCUUUUGCAGGGCUAUCGGGCUGAUGAUAGCCGAUGAUAAGGGCUCAUAG